CGACCUCCAGGCUCCGUUGGAAAGCUUGGAAUUGGCCUUCUGCUCCCUCGUUCCCGCCGACCUCGCCUUCCUCUCCCAAAGCUUCCAUGCUCCGGCCCUCAAAAGGUUGGAUCUGAGCGGCCACGACUUCUCCCAAGGCCUCCUGGAGCCGCUGCGGCUGCUCCUGGAGGAAACCUCGGCCUCGCUGCUGCACCUGGAUCUCAUGGAAUGCCGCAUGGCCGACUCCCACCUGGACGCGCUGCUGCCCACGCUGCGGCGCUGCUCCCGCCUGCGCUUCCUGGGACUCUACGGCAAUUCCCUGUCCACGGCCGCGCUCAAGGAUCUGCUCCAGAAAACCUUGGAGCUGCCCGAUCUCCACGACCAGCACAUAGGGAAGGGGCACCUACGCUACAAGCCGGAGCCGCCGUCGGAAUCCGGCUGGAAUUUUGAGGAACCCGUGGACGAGGAACUUUUGGCGGCGGUCAACGCUGAGUUUUCCCAAAUGUUGGUGAAUUCUGGGAGGACCGACCUCGUCUGGACUUCCAACCCCUAUGGCCAUGGAACCCUGGACUACUUCUCCUUGUGAUUUGGGAAAACCCUUGGACAACUUCUCCUUGUGAUUUGGGAAAACUCGGAGCCUCCGUCGCGGAAAAGCACCGCCGCCUCCUUCCCAAAAUCCGGGCGUUCUCUGCCUCAUCCCGGAGCUUUUCCGCCUCAUCCCGGUGCUUUUUUCCUUUUAUUUUGGUGCUUUUCUGCCUGGUUUUUAUAUUUUUCCAUCCUCAAGUUUUGUGUCUUAUUUUAGGAUUUUUCCAUCCCGAUAUUUUCCUCCUCAUCCCGAUAUUUUUCCGUCCAAUUUUGGUGUUUUCCCACCUCAACCCCAAAGUUUUUCCCGGAACUUUUAUUGCCAUGUCCGUAGGGAAAAAGCCCUUGAAUGCCCUUAAUUCACAUGGGACAUUAAUUAAUUUUAAAAUAAAUAUUAAUUAAUUAUGGAUCAUUAAUUAUUAAUAAAUAAGCCGCCACCA